CUGCCGGGCCCGGCCUCAACUCCCUCCCCCUCCCUUCCUUGCCGGCAGUUCCAGUCGCCGCCCGUUCCGCUUCCGCCUCCGCCUCCUCCUCGGCGCCCAGGGCCGCUCCGGGCGACCGGGCCGCGCCGGUUUUUUUGAAUGGUACAAGUUUUUGUAAACGUUUGUGAUAAUCCGGGAAGCCAGAAGAGGAGAGAUGGCGUCUGCAAAACUGAAAAUGAGCAAGAACAAGGACGAUGCUCCUCACGAGCUGGAGAGCCAGUUCAUCCUGCGAUUGCCUCCGGAAUACGCGUCCACGGUCAGGAGAGCAGUCCAGUCUGGAAGCGUCAGCCUGAAGGACCGGCUGACCAUCGAGUUGCAUGCCGAUGGGCGCCAUGGGAUCGUGCGGGUCGAUCGUGCCCCACUAGCCGCCAAGCUGGUGGACUUGCCUUGCAUCACAGAGAGCUUGAAAACCAUUGACAAGAAAACCUUCUACAAGACGGCAGAUAUUUGCCAGAUGCUUGUGUGUACCGUGGACGGUGAACUCUACCCUGCCCCGGAAGAGCCAGCUGUGAGUGCUGACCCCAAAGCCAACAAGAAGCUCACUGACCCCAAAGCCAGCAAGAAGAAGGACAAGGACAGAGAGAAGAAGUUCGUCUGGAAUCACGGCAUCACUCUCCCACUGAAGAAUGUGAGGAAGAGGCGCUUCCGAAAGACGGCCAAAAAGAAGGCCCAGUACAUUGAGUCUCCAGAUGUGGAGAAGGAGGUGAAACGUCUGCUGAGCACAGAUGCCGAAGCGGUCAGUGUCCGCUGGGAAGUCAUCGCCGAAGACGAAACCAAAGAAGCCGAGAACCACGGUUCACUCACAGGCCUGGACAUUUCUUCUCCUGGGAUGUCUGGACACAAGCAAGGCCACGGCUCGGAGCACGACGAACUCCGGGAAAUAUUUGACGAGAUCAGCAGCAGCAGCAGCAGCGACGAGGACGAGCGGGAUCACCAUGACAACGAAGACCUGAACAUCAUGGAUACGGAGGAAGACCUGGAGCGGAGGCUGCAGGGCAAGCUGGGUGAAUCGGACGGGCAGCCGCCGGAGAACGAAGGGGCCAGCCAGAUAGCCAUGGGGAUCCAGAAGCAGAUCGACAACCUGCAAGGCAAGCUGCAGGAGACCCAGGAGCGCCGGAAGCGCCAGGAAGACCUCAUCAUGAAAGUGGAGAACCUGGCCCUCAAGACCCGUCUCCAAGCUGUGCUGGAUGAGUUCAAACAGCAGGAAGAGCGAGAAAAGCAGCAGCUGGCCUCUCUCCAAGAGCAGUUGGAGGCCCUUAUGGAAAAGUGAGGCCCGGCUUGAACUCCCAAGUCGCACGGAUACGAUGUCAACCGGACCGUCUUUAGAACCCGCCUUUCCAGCUGUGGACCCGAAACGGCCAGCAUCGCCGGACUGGGACUCUGGGGCUGGCAGACAAACUCCUAUCAGUUUAGGGAUGCCCCCCGCCGGCCUUGUUCCAAGAAUGGAUGUUUUGCAGAUGGGCAAACUGGACCUGCCUACAAAAAAAUAACCCCAGAGGGUUGAAAGGCCAAGUCCCCUGGAGGGAGAGCCACCGGGGUGUGUGUGUGUGUGUGUGUGUGUGUGUGUGUGUGUAUGUGUGUGUGUGUGUGAGAGAGAGAGAGAGAGUGUGACUGAAAAGGGAAGACGUCUCUGCAGCCGUUGAGUCCCCCAACAAAGCCCCGCAUGCUUUUGCUUGCUGCUGAGUCAGCCGGGAAUCCUGUCGUUUUGGGGUCCAUUUCUGCUCAUGUCAGAGUUUUUGCCAGAGGAGCGACUCUAAAGAACCGCCUGCAGGCUACUCCUUUAGCUAUUGCUUUGGAGAAGGAAGAGGAAGCCGUCCCACCCUAACCUCCUUUCACACACCAGUGCUAUCUGCAGGGACUUGGUCUCCUUGCCUGGGAGAAGUUUUCUUGUGGAAGAAAAAUAAAGUUGUCUGCCUGCGGA